AUGUCUCCCCUUACGACGGCGGCGUCUUUCACCAGGCAUGUUCCACUGGCCGCGCACGAACCAACAAGCGUCUUCACGAAUUGCGCCAUCCUUUACGCCAUUGCCCAGGCCGUCUCCAGCAAACCCAUCACCUCCAUGCUUGCUCUGGGUCUCGCCUCAUACCUGUCGCUUUAUCCAGCCCUUUUACUUCCUCCUCUGAUCCUACUCUGCUAUGAUCGGAAAGCAAGAGAGACAAAGGCGCCUCCAAAUGCAACUUUUUCGACUGCCACAUACCUCUCCGUCUUUUCCGCAAGCAUAGCGUGGUUCUUGCAUCUCUCAAAAGUUCUGACUGGAGGUUCAUCCGAGUAUCUGGCAUCUACAUAUGGCGUCCACCUGCUUCUGCCGGACUUGACACCAAAUGUGGGGCUCUGGUGGUAUUUUUUCAUUGAGAUGUUCGAUUCGUUCAGGGAAUUCUUCCUGGGUGUAUUCUGGCUGCAUUUGGGGGGCUACGUUGGGGCUUUAUGCAUUCGUCUUCGCACGCAGCCGCUGUUCGUCAUCACUACAUUGCUGGGCAUCUUUGCAAUAUUCAAGCCCCCUGCCCAAAUGGCCAUCUCAUCUUCGGGUAUUGACAGCUCGGCAGUGAUGCGGUAUACCUUUUUCGCCAUGGCCACGAUCCUGUACGCGAGCUUGCUGGGCCCUGCCUUCUACUACCUCUGGAUCUAUGCGGGUUCCGGCAACGCAAACUUUUUCUAUGCCAUUACUCUCGUCUGGAGUCUCGGCCUGUCGGAGAUUGUUGCGGAUUCCCUGUUCGCGGUCCUUCGAGACGAAUGGGAAGUCGAGAGGCCGGAGAUGAAAGGCAAAGAUGUCAGACAGAUAUAG